AUGGCGCAAAGUUGGGACUAUAUUGCCAAAAUCGUGUCUCUAGGCGACUCUGGGUGUGGAAAGUCCAGUCUCACGAUAAGACUGUGCGAAGGACGAUUCUCCCCUCACCACGAUGUAACCAUUGGUGUCGAAUUCGGUAGCCGUAUAGUACCUGUUGGCCCUCCUGCCUCAUUAGCUCUCAAGGUCAACAACCCUUCCGCCGACGCUCCUGCCGAAACACCCGUCAACGCCAACCCAGAGAAUCAAAAGCACAUGAAGCUAUCGUUGUGGGAUACUGCUGGUCAAGAGACAUACAAGUCCAUUACUCGAUCAUAUUUCAGAGGUGCUAGCGGUGCUCUACUGGUCUUCGACAUCACACGCCGUGCUACCUUCGAAGCCGUGACAGCGUGGCUGAACGAUCUCCGACAAAUAGCAGAAGAGAACAUUAUCGUUGUGCUCGUCGGCAACAAGGUCGAUCUUGCCACUUCGACCGCCGUCGAGGAAGGUGCCGGCUCUGAGAACAAGCGACAGGUCACACAGGAAGAGGCCGAGGCGUGGUGCAAAGAAAACAAAGUCAUGCAAUAUGUCGAGACUUCGGCAAAGAGUGGUGAUAAUGUUGAAAGAGCUUUCCGCGAGGUUGCCGAGAGAAUAUACCAGAAUAUCGAGGCCGGCAAGUACGACCUCAACGACAGACGGUCUGGUGUCAAGGGUCAUGGAGCUGGCGGCGGCAACACUGCAAGAACUAUCAACCUUGGCAUGAACGACGCUGCUUCUGUACAGAAACGCGGCAAGCAAGGCGGAUGCUGUUGA